AUGGAAGACAUCAAGUCCCCCGACCUUUCACCCCUCACCUCUCUGACCAACACACCCCGACUUCUCAGCCCGGAACCCAGAAUUAGACACGAGAGAAUUGCUUCGGAAGCUGCGCCGGACUUCAACCCCCUCCGUCGUCCCCACCUCCACCACCGCGUCCUCACCCUCUCCCACCUCCGCCUCCGCCGCCUCCGCCACCACCUCCCCCGGGACAUCGUCUCCAUCUCCAAACUCUGCCGAGAUCUCCAGGAACGAGUGAACGACGUCCCCGUCCCCAUCAUACCAGCCGUCCCCUCCAUCCCGUAUUUACGCUCCGCAGGCCCCGUAAACGUCUACGAAGAAGCCGCCUCCGCUGCCGCCGCCGAUGUAGAAAGAAUCGCCGACAUCAAAAUCCAACUAGAACUCCUCGCUCACGAACUCGAAAUCCUGAGAGGCGCCGUGUUUGAGCGGUUCGAGGACUUGUUUGACAAGAAGAGGGAGGAGGGUUUGAAGAAACAGCUGGAUUGCUGUUUUAGGGAUUUGAAGGAGUUGCAGGUGGAGGUGAAUCAUAGGAUUUGGAGUGGGAGGUUGAGGCAGCCACUGCAGCCACUCCCGCAGCGACUGCAUCAGCUGGGGAUGCCUACAAUGGGGGGACUGAAUGGUGGAAUUCAAGUGAAAGGAAAGGGGAAGGGUAAAGGAAAGGAGACGGAGAUUGAGGUUGAGAGUGAAAGCGAGCAGAAUGCCCAAGAACAGAGUGCCCUGGACGCCAUGGACAUGAACCUCAGCACGGGCGUCCAGUUCCAAUUUCCCGAAUGGCCGGAAUUUAACGACGAGGAAAUCAUGACCAUGUUCAAAGAAAUGGAGGAGGAGUUACUGGAGGAGCCGGUCAACUGGGAGGAGAUUCUGAAAGCCGAGGCCACGAACGAGGAGGCCCAGGCGAUGGGUGUUGUGAAGAGGGAGCAGGAGGGCGAUAAAAUGCAGCUGGACGACGUCGAAGAAACAGAGACUGUGAAGGGAGACCAAACUAAGAAACAAGCUGACGAGGAGAGAAUGGAGGAGGAUGUGGAUACGAAGGAGCCCGAGGAAAGUGUAUGGAGCGAGGAAUCUGGAGGUGUUGACUGGAGGGCAUAUCUGCCUUCAGCGCACCCGUGCGACCCAGGCGCGCGUACAAGCUGGCAUUGUGCGUGGGGUCGGAGGCAGUAG